UGUACAAAUAGAUUUUUUUACGUUUCAAAGUACGAUAUAAAUUGUAUUGUACAAUGUCUAAUAUGUUAUAUGGUGGCGAUGAAAUUGGAGCUCUUGUUUUUGAUUUGGGUCACCAUUCAUUAAGAGUAGGCUAUGCCCAAGAAGAUACCCCAAAAGCAGAAAUUCCAGCAGUUGUAGGUAUUGGAGAAGAUGGAAAUUGUAAUUUAUCAAAAGUAGAACCUAUGGAUAUAGACGAUAAGAAACCAGAUAAUAAUAUUACACAAAGUAUUCCAAAAUAUUAUAUUGAUACAACAAUAUUGCAUGUACCGCGUAAAGGAAUGGAAGUUGUGAGUUAUAUGAAAGAUGGUAUGAUCGAAAAUUGGGAUCAUUUUGAAAAGGUCUUAGAUUACACCUAUUCAAAAGUUAUUCAAUCUGAUGCUGAGUAUCAUCCAGUAUUAUUUUCUGAGUCACCUUGGAAUAUUAGAAAUAAACGAGAAAAAUUGACAGAAUUAAUGUUUGAAAAAUAUAAUGUACCUGCUUAUUUUCUUGUAAAAAAUGCUGUGCUUGCAGCAUUUGCAAAUGGAAGAGCUACUGGUAUUGUUGUUGAUAGUGGAGCUACACAUACAUCAGCUAUACCUGUUCAGGAUGGAUUUGUUUUAACACAAGCUAUUGUGAAAUCUCCUCUUGGAGGAGAUUACAUUUCGAUGCAGUGUCGUCAAUUUUUACAAGAAAAUGACAUUGAUCUUUCUCCAGCAUAUAUGAUUGGAAGUAAAGAAGUUGUAAAAGAUCAUGAUAAACCUAGAUGGGUGAAAAAGAAAAAUAUUCCAGAUGUGACAAAAUCAUGGCAUAAUUAUAUGGUAAAGAAACUUGUUCAAGACUUUCAAGCUACUUGCUUACAAGUUUCUGAAAUUCCAUAUGACGAGAAAAUUGUUUCAACUACUCCUGCAGUUCCUUAUGAAUUUCCAACUGGUUAUCGACAGGAUUUUGGCUGUGAAAGAUUUCGUAUACCAGAAGCCUUAUUUGAUCCAAGUAUGGUUCAGAUGAGAGGAGGUAUGGUUGGUAACACAAUGCUUGGAGUUGGACAUAUAGUUACAACAAGUGUUGGUAUGUGUGAUGUUGAUGUUCGACCAGCCCUUUAUGGCAGUGUUGUAGUGACUGGUGGUAAUUCUUUUAUUCAGGGAUUUCCUGAAAGAUUAAACAGAGAUUUGUCAAUGAGAAUACCAUCCAGUAUGAGGCUCAAAUUAAUUAGUGCUAAUGGAUGUGCAGAACGUAGAUUUGGAUCAUGGAUAGGAGGAUCUAUUUUAGCCUCGAUUGGAACUUUUCAACAAAUGUGGAUAUCAAGUCAAGAAUAUGAAGAAAGUGGUAAAAGUCAAGUAGAAAGAAAAUGUCCAUAAAUACUUUUUGUUAAGCAUAAUAUUUAUUAAAUAAUAGACAUAUAAUAUGAAAAUUUGUAGA